UUCCAUUGAGCUUCCUCUUCACACUAACUUUACCUCACAUUACUCUUUCCUUUUUCCAUUUCCUCUCAGUUUUCCUUUCACUUCCCUUCAUUUUCUACACUUUAGUUAAUGCAAAUAACUUAUAAAAAUAUCUUUGUUUUAGUAGUUGUUUUUGUCAUUUUACACAAGGUUCAUUUUCAACCACAUGCUAUAUUGCUAUCAAGCUUAGAUAUCUGCUUUAACUUUAUGUCAGUUUCCAUGUCAUAAUUCAUCUCCUUUAUAUAUAUAUAAUAUCUUCUUUGUUCUUUUACUUACAGUUCUUCACUGGUUUUUUUUUUUUUUUUUUCAAAUUUUAGUUUUCAAAUAUCCAAGAAAAUAUCUUGUUUUUAGCAUUAAAAAAACGAAUCUUGAACUUUUUUUUUGAAAUUUUAAAUUACGUGGUUUCCUUAUUUAUCUGGGGUUAUUUAUAAAGCUAUCAAGAUUUUGGUUUUUCAUUUGGACUGUGGAACUGAACUGAAGAAUUAGUCUAAAUGGAGCUGAAAUAUGUUGAUUUUAAGGCAAUAUCAAUGUCUAAAUCAGUUGGUAUGGAGACAAUGAAGUUUUCUAGCUCAUUAUUAGACUCAAAGCUCAAAUUUGGUGUCAAUGUGGCUCCCAAGUUCUGUUCUGGCAAAGGUUUGUAUUUUAGAGAUAAAUGGGUACUUGAUGCCUCUGAUGAUGAAUAUGGAGGGGUAAUCGUCACCGCAGAAAGACUACCAUCGAAUCCGGCCAAAUUUGCGUCUGUACUUCGUGCAUCUCUCGCUCAUUGGAAAGUGAAGGGGAAGAAGGGAGUUUGGCUUAAGCUACCAGUGGAAAAAUGUGAUCUAGUUCCUAUUGCAGUAAAGGAAGGAUUUCAGUACCAUCAUGCCGAAAGAGGAUAUGUGAUGAUGACUUAUUGGAUACCAAAUGAACCCUGCAUGCUUCCUUCUAAUGCAUCUCAUCAAGUCGGAGUUGGAGGUUUUGUGAUCAACGACAAGAAUGAGGUGCUCGUCGUGCAAGAGAAACAUUCUGCGCCGGCUCUUUCAGGGCUAUGGAAAAUACCAACUGGUUUCAUUCUUGAGUCCGAGGAGAUAUUUACAGGAGUUGUGAGAGAAGUGAAGGAGGAAACUGGGAUUGAUACUGAAUUUGUGGAGGUUAUGGCUUUCAGGCAUGCACAAAACGUGGCCUUUGAAAAGUCGGACUUGUUCUUCGUCUGCCUAUUAAGACCCCUGUCAAAACAAAUCAAGGUUGAUGAUCUAGAAAUUAAGGCUGCUAAGUGGAUGCCUCUAGCUGAGUUUGUGGAGCAGCCCCUAAUACAAGGUGAUGACAUGUUCAAGAAAAUAAUUGACAUUUUUAUCGCUCGACUAGGGAAGCGUUACUGCGGAUUGUCUGUCCAUCAACUGGUUUCCAAAUUUGAUGACAAACUUUCCACAUUGUACUUCAACACAGUUGAUGAUCCAGAUUUGAAUUGUCAAGCCAGUUAGCUUCACAAUCAGCAUGGAUAUUACACUUCACCACUCACAACGACUAACAUCACUUGGUCAUUUUGUGUAUAUGUAAUCCGCUGUAAUCUGCAGAGUAUUGACUGUGUAAAUAUGUAAAAUAUAUUUUUCAAGUGAUUAUCCAAAAAGUUUUUCUUCCCUCAA